UAUGGGCACCCGCGGGGCGCUUGUUCAUGUGAGAACCCUCACCUCCUUCACACAACUCCAUCCCAUCCACUGUUUCUUUACUCUCACAGGCCCCACUCUACAUCAUCAAAUCACUCCUUGGAAAAUGGUUCUUCCCUCUCAGAUUCCCUUUUGGUCGAGAAGCUCCUGUUGGGUUUGACGAGUAAUCUUACUUGUCUGCGCAACUCUCUGUUUCAGUUAAACUCACUUCUUGUUGUUGAACUUGUUCAUCGUUGCCAAGACAAUUUGCAACUGGGUGUUAAACUAGUUAACUUGAUUAUGUCAAACUGUCCCAAUUUGAAGCAUACGUCACUGUCUUUGAGUGCAAUGAUUCACAUUUUGGUCAGGGCCCGAAGGGUCUCGGAUGCUCAGGGUUUGAUGCUUAGAAUGGUUAGGAAGAGUGGCGUCUCCCGUGUCGAAAUAGUUGAGUCGUUGGUUGAAAUCUGCGGCAGUUGCUGCUUGGUUUUUGACUUGUUGGUUAGGAGUUAUGUGCAAGCUAGGAAGUUGAGAGAAGGCUUCGAGGGGUUUAAGGCACUUAGAAGCAAGAGAUUAUGUGUUUCGAUAAAUGCUGCUAAUAGUCUCCUUGGUGGGCUUGUGAAGGUUGCCGUUGGGUGGGUGGAUUUGGCAUGGGAGGUAUAUGGAGAAAUUGUUAGCGGCGGGGUUCAGGUGAAUGUGUAUGCACUAAACAUCAUGGUUAAUGCCUUGUGUAAAGAUGGGAAAAUCGAUAGGGUUAAGCCGUUCAUAUCUGACAUGGCUGAGAAGGGAAUUUCUACAGAGAUUGUGACAUAUAAUACUCUAAUCAAUGCCUAUUGUCAUGAAGGGCUUGUUGAUGAAGCAUUCGAGUUAAAGAACUCUAUGGCUUCUAAGGGUUUCAGACCUGAACUUUUCACAUACAAUGCUAUCGUGAAUGGGUUAUGUAGGGUAGGAAACUAUCCAAGAGCCAAGGAAGUUUUAUAUGAGAUGUUGCAGAAUGGAAUAAGUCCUGAUACUACUACGUUUAAUACACUGCUGGUUGAGAGUUGUAGAAAAGAUAAUAUUUCAGAGGCCGAAGAAAUGUUUUGUGAAAUAUCUUGCAGAGGUGUUGUUCCUGAUUUACUCAGCUUCAGUUCAAUAAUUGGGGUGCUUUCCAGGAAUGGAUACAGUGACUGUGCGCUCUUAAAUUUUCAAGAUAUGAAAACUGCAGGCUUGGUGCCAGAUAAUGUGAUCUAUACUAUCCUUAUAGAUGGAUAUUGUAGACACAGUAAGGUAUUAGAGGCGUUGAAGUUGCGGGAUGAAAUGCUUGAAAAAGGCUGCAUGGUGGAUGUUGUUACCUUCAAUACUAUCUUAAAUGGACUUUGUAGGGAAAAGAUGCUUUGUGAUGCGGAGAAACUCUUCAAUGAGAUGGUGGAAAGGGGUGUCUUUCCAGAUUUCUAUACUUUUACAACACUUAUUCAUGGUUAUUGUAAAAACGGGAAUAUGAGUAAAUCUUUAAGUUUGGUCGAGGCAAUGACUACUAGAAAUAUCAAGCCUGACAUUGUCACAUACAACACAGUGAUUGAUGGGUUCUGCAAAGUAGGUGACAUGGAUAAAGCUAAGGAGCUAUGGAGUGACAUGGUUUCGAGAAGAAUACUCCCUACUUACAUUUCAUAUAGCAUUCUCAUCAAUGGAUUCUGCAGCAUGGGACUUGUUGAUGAGGCGCUUCGUUCGUGGGACCAGAUGAUUGAAGAAGGUAUCAAACCCAGUAUAGUGACUUGUAACAUUCUCAUAAAGGGCUAAAGCCGCUUUGGUGACACAGAAAAGGCAUAUGAUUUCUUCAUCAAAAUGAUUUCAAAAGGAAUUGUUCCUGAUAGUAUUACUUACAACACUCUGAUCAAUGGAUAUGUAAAAGAAGACAAUCUGGAUAAAGCCUUUUUAUCAGUUAAGGAGAUGGAGAAGCAAGGACUACUACCAGAUGUGAUUACAUACAAUGUCAUUCUAUAUGGAUUUUGUAGACAGGGUAGACUGCAUGAAGCUGAAUUAGUUUUGCGAAAGAUGAUUGAGAGAGGUGUAAAUCCUGAUAGAUCCACUUAUAGGUCAUUGAUUAAUGGACAUGUGACCCAGGACAAUCUGAAAGAGGCGUUCCGCUACCAUGAUGAAAUGCUGCAGAGGGGAUUUAUUCUGGAUGAUGAAUUUUAGCUGUUAGCUUUUCUCUUGUAGCUCAAGGGUACACUAGAUGUUGAGAAUACUCGCUAUGAUAGCCACAAUCCUGAAUUCAGGACACUUGACCUUCAGCUUAUCGCCAGGUAUGGAUAAAUGACAAUUAAAAUCUUUUCAUUCAUGAUUUCUACUCCCUCAUAAAUUUGGUUGGAUAUUUAUAUGUAUCAAAUUGAAAUCUUAAUUACUACAAAUUUUGCAAUUGACAGUAGAGAAGGUGAUGUUAUGGAUAAAUAUAGGU